AUGGAUAUCGACUUCCAGGCUGACAUCAGUGUCCUUCAGGACAUCCUUGUUCCCUUCGAGCAAAAGAAGCUGAUGCUGGACAUCAUUCAUAAUGAAAUUGUGCCGUAUCGAUAUCAUGACGGACCGCGCCUGUUCCCAGACCUCCAAUUCUACUCGACUUUAUUUUACAACCGUGCCGACUUCUUGGAAAUUUGGCCAUUCGUCAAUAGAUUCCAUACUUGGAUAUCGUACUUGGCUUUCAACUCCCCUGAAAUGACUGAUGAAGCCCUUCGUCGCUUGCGAACGAUGGUCCCAGGAUAUGCUCCCAACAUGAAGCUAUCUCAGAUUUUCCAGCAGCCUGAACACAAUCCUGGUCCUGUCUUUCCACCGGAACGCCCUAUACAAGUUCUUCCUCAGAACCAGAAUCUUGAAGACGAAGCCCCAAUGCCACACAAAUCCGCAUCCCGCAAGAAGAGGGCCCCUGUCCAUCGGGAUGACGAUCAUCCACUUCUCGCGGAUGAAUUGAACAGACCUGCCAACUUUUCCUACCGAGGUAUCAUUAGAGACAUGGAGCAUUUCGAGGAAGUAGACGAUGCCUAUGAAUGGCACGUCAAGAGAAAGGCAGGACAGAGCCCGACUGAAGACGCGACUUGGCCUUCGACUACAGUUGAGCAGAAGGAACAUGUGAAAACGCUGUUUGACAAUAUCACUAACAUGACGAACUUUUAUGAACUUCGUAAAGCGACGGAGCGCCUUUCAUCACUCUUGGCCCAGCAAGCAGGAGAGGAUUCUGGGCCCAUUUUAGUUGACGAGGAAGGUUCAUCACGAAAGCGCCAACGUACGAACAAGGCUGGCAAACAAGCAGAGAGACUGAGGCCUAGUGGAGUGAACAAAGCAGAUUGGGAGUUGAUGAAUCCGGAGAGCUCAGCAGUCGACCGCCUUGCUGCCGUUGUUCAUCAUCCGAUCACGGACAUUGAGAUUGAGAUUCUCUGCUGGCGACUCUUGAUGGCGGCAAUGAAUGCCCAAAAAGGAUUUACGAUGCGUCUUCUUUGGUCAGGCCAACGCACGACAUCGACAUGGGAUUUCUUUGAGACGUUUGCAGAGCGUUGGAGUGUCAUUUGCGAACAGCUUCUUGACUGCAAGCUUCUUGUCCAUUCACUCACGCGCGCCGACUGGAUCUCUAAAUUUGCCAGCGCUCCCCACAAAGAACGAGCUUCGAAAUUGAGCAACGAUCUCCUGAACGGCAGGCGAGACGUACAGAACCAAGUUGGCAGAGAGGUCAUCAAGGCCAAAACGGGAGCCAAAGAGUGGACCACCACUGAGGACUUUGAGAUACGGUCGAAAGAUGGCAGUGUCAUUGUGAAGGGUGGACAGAUUGGUGAUAAGGCGCGGCGCAAAUUGGCGGUCCGUGGAGCGAAGCAAGACGCAGAAAGCUCUGCUUCGCCACCUCUGACUCCUUUUUGA